CAGAAGCAGAGAAAAGAGAGACAGCGAAGGAAAUUUUUGAUUUUUCUCGCGAAAAUUCGCCCAAGUAUUUUCUUCUUCCUCUUCCUCCCAGGUUGUACCUAUCAAUCGCCAUGAAUGCUGUUGCCACAGCUGCAGCUCUAUCUCUGCCCAUCUCGCUCUGCAAGUCAUCCAGGAUAAGUACGAGGAAGGGUGUGAAGGGUGGCCUGAGAGUGGUUGCUGUAUUUGGGGAGGAAGGUGAGCUGGUGGAGGAGAAGAAGAGUAUCUGGGGCCCUUUGUUCGAUGUUGAAGAUCCAAGGUCGAAGGCACCCCAGUGUAAGGGGAAGUUCAUGGAUGUGAAUCAAGCACUUGAAGUGGCCAGAUAUGAUAUUCAAUACCUCGACUGGAGGGCCCGCCAAGAUGUACUCACCAUCAUGCUGCUCCAUGAGAAGGUAGUUGAAGUCCUAAAUCCUCUAGCCCGUGAGUACAAGUCGAUUGGCACUCUUAAGAAGGAUCUGGCUGGGCUGCAAGAGGAAUUAGCACAAGCUCAUAGACAGGUUCAUAUAUCAGAGGCGAGGGUUGGCACAGCUUUGGAUAAGCUAGCCUACAUGGAGGCUCUAGUAAAUGAUAGGCUAUUGCAAGAUAGAACUACCACAGAGACCAAUGAAGCUCCGCCCUCUCCCAGCACUUCCACACAGUCUCUCAAUGCCGUAAAAGGGAAGCCGCCUCGGAAAAGCUUGAAAGUGUCUGGCCCAGUUCAACCUUACCAUCCCAACUUGAAGAACUUCUGGUAUCCAGUGGCCUUCUCCACUGACCUUAAGGAUGAUACCAUGAUUCCUAUUGAUUGCUUUGAGGAACCAUGGGUUAUUUUCAGAGGAAAAGACGGUAGACCGGGAUGUGUACAGAACACCUGUGCCCACAGGGCAUGCCCUCUUCACCUCGGUUCAGUUAAUGAGGGACGGAUUCAGUGCCCUUAUCAUGGGUGGGAGUACACAACAGAUGGGAAAUGCGAGAAGAUGCCAUCGACCCGUUUACUCGAUGUGAAAAUCAGAUCAUUGCCCUGUUUUGAGCAAGAAGGAAUGAUCUGGAUUUGGCCUGGUGAUGACCCUCCAGCAGCUACUCUUCCCUCUUUAUUGCCGCCUCCUGGAUUCCAAAUCCAUGCCGAGAUAGUAAUGGAGCUUCCAGUGGAGCAUGGACUGCUUCUUGAUAACCUUCUGGACCUUGCUCAUGCCCCGUUCACUCACACUUCGACUUUUGCUAAGGGCUGGACAGUCCCAAGUUUGGUGAAGUUCCUGACCCCUGCAUCAGGCCUCCAGGGCUACUGGGACCCGUACCCGAUAGACAUGGAAUUUAGACCACCUUGUAUGGUCUUAUCCACCAUUGGUAUAUCGAAACCUGGGAAACUGGAAGGACAGAGCACCGAGCAAUGUGCAACUCAUCUCCACCAACUCCAUGUUUGUCUGCCUUCAUCAAGGCAGAAGACGAGGUUGCUGUAUAGAAUGUCUUUGGACUUUGCUCCCCUGCUGAAGCAUAUUCCUUUUAUGCAAUAUCUAUGGAGGCAUUUUGCAGAGCAGGUGUUAAAUGAGGAUUUGAGACUAGUGGUUGGGCAGCAGGAGAGGAUGCUCAAUGGGGCGAACAUAUGGAAUUUGCCGGUUUCGUACGACAAGCUGGGAGUAAGGUACAGGCUAUGGAGGAAUGCAGUCGAGCGAGGGGCCAAGCGAUUGCCAUUCAGCAAGCAGUCGGUGUGAAGUCAUUCAUGAUGGGUCCCGGUCUUGUUUUCCGACUCAUUGAGAGCUAAUUCCUCCUGUGCAGCAGCAGGGGUGACCCCGUUCUCUGCUUUCGAUGCUCCUUAGCACUGAACGAUUGGAGAUAACUGAAACAAGGCAAAUCGGCUAGGAACUGUGAAUUGUCCGAGGCACAGGAAUAAAUAUGUCUCUUGAAGGAAAUCAACCAUCAUAAGUCGAAAGACGAAACCUCACAACCUGAUUUUUUUCCCUCCCGGGUUUCUCGUGUAAAGUUUUUUUUUUUUUUUCUUACUCCUCUCUGUGAGGGGUUUUCAUUGCGAUUGGAAAACCAUGACCCCAUUAAUGUAGCUUUUUGUAAUGGAGCUUCUUGUAUGUAUGAUAGUGAAGAGUAUUGAUACUACGAUUUUAUAUUG